CCCUAGAGAGAACGAAUGGAAACCAGAGGAAUUUCGGCGGAGGAGGAAACCCUAGUGGACUCCUUCUGUGCGAUCACAUCCUCGUCUCGAGACGAAGCUCGAUUCUUCUUGGAAUCCCACAAUUGGGCUCUCGAGCAAGCGAUCCAUUCAUUCUACGAAGAUCAGCAGGAUCCCGGCGACCCCCUCGGCACUGACGAGGAGGAUUACCUUGCCGCCGUAGCCGCUGAAGCUCAGCCGCCGCACCAGAACCCUUUGCCGCCUCCUUCCGCUCCGAUCGCCGCCAUGAGUGGGAGUUCUAAGGAUAAGAAGCCCUCUGGCAGCCGCCCUGGCAUUCGUACGCUUGCUGAUCUGAAUCGGCAGUCUGGACCUGGGUCUGAUAGCGAUUCCGAUGGACCUCAGGAGUAUUACACUGGGGGUGAGAAGAGUGGAAUGCUUGUUCAAGAUCCUACGAAGGGUGGGAAUCAUGAUGUGAAUUCAAUCUUUGAUCAAGCUAGGCAGAUGGGAGCUACACAGGGACCCUUUGAGCAACAUCCAUCUUCAAGCUCAAGAAGUUUCACUGGGACUGGUAGGCUGCUCACAGGUGAAACAGUACCAUCUGUCCCCCCUCCCCCAGAAAAUAUCCUUCACAAUAUCUACUUUUGGACCAAUGGAUUCAGUGUAAAUGAUGGUCCACUGAGGAGGUUUGAUGACCCUGAGAAUGCUGCCUUUUUAGAGAGCAUCAAAAGAUCUGAUUGUCCUAAAGAACUUGAGCCAGCAGACAGGAGGUCCAGUGUCCAUGUUAAUCUCAUCAGAAGAGAAGAAAAUUAUCCUGAACCUGUUAGACGCCAAACUCCAUUCCAAGGUGUUGGAAGAACGCUUGGCGGCGGAUCAUCCACUGAUUCUGCUCCGGCAUCUGCUUCUCCUACCACCACUCCCAGCUCUCCUCCUCCUGUCGGCCUUUCAGUGGACGAGUCCUUGCCAUCCACAGCAAUACAACUCAGAUUGGCAGAUGGUACACGUAUGAUCGCCCGCUUCAAUACUCAUCACACAAUAUCUGAUAUUCGGGCAUUCAUCGAUGCAUCAAGGCCUGGAGCUACAAGAACCUACCAACUUCAAACCGUCGAUUUUCCACCAAAACAACUUACUGACAUGACCCAGACGAUUGAACAAGCCGGACUUGCCAAUUCAGUUGUUAUCCAGAAGCGUUAGCUUUGUUCAUAAACACACAAACAUUAUUGAUCAUGAAACUCAUAGUUCCUUGAUAUUGUUUCUCCAUAAACUUCAUGCAGUUCUUCCCUUCUUCUCAUGUUUUUCUUUCAAAAACUUGGAUGUUAUAAUGGUGGUGAACAGAUGUUACUGAAUAUUCAGUAUAUGCAUCUUCUGAUGUGGAAAUAAACAUGGUAAAUCUGUGUAGUAGUAUGAACAUUAUUUUCCAUUCAGGUUUUAAAUUGUGUUGAUUUCAAUGCAGUUGGAAAAGCA